UCGACUUUCUUGCUGCCGCUCGAUUUGGCGGGAAUUUGUACUACCAGCGUAUCUUCUGGGUCUAAUUCUGCAAGCAUUUUCUGAAAAUAAACUGCUGCUAUGUCUAAACAAGCAAGAAAUUACGAGGAAGAGAAAGAGGCCAUCAAACGAUUCCUGGCCGAGUUUCAUGAAGUUGAUGAUGAGGGCCGGAAGAAGUUCAAGUAUGCCAGGCAGCUUGUGGCACUGGCCCACAGAGAGCAGGUGUCCUUGACCAUUGACUUGGAUGAUAUAGCUGAGUUUGAUGCUGAACUUGCUGAGGUAAUGCUGCUGAACACCCGGCGCUACACUAACCUCUUUUCUGAGGUGGUUUAUGAAAUGUUGCCAGACUAUAAGGAGAGAGAGACUGUAGCUCGUGAUGCACUAGAUGUGUACAUUGAGCACCGUCUCAUGAUGGAGCAGCGCACCAGGCAGCCUGGUGAGGCUCGGUCAACCAGCAACAGAUAUCCUCCUGAACUCAUGCGCCGUUUUGAGAUUUACCUGAAAGCGCCGUCAAACCAGAAGCCUCUGGCCGUCCGCAGCGUGAAGGCUUCUCACAUUGGCAAGCUAGUGGUCGUGCGAGGCAUUGUCACGCGUUGCACCGAAGUGAAGCCCAUGCUGAAAGUAGCAACGUACACCUGUGAUCAGUGUGGUGCUGAGACCUACCAGCCGAUUGCCAGCACCAGCUUCAUGCCGCAGCUCCAAUGUCCCAGCGAUGACUGCCGUGUUAAUAAAUCUGGCGGCCGUUUAUAUCUACAAACCAGAGGCUCUAAAUUUGUAAAAUUCCAGGAAAUCAAAAUUCAAGAGCACUCGGACCAGGUGCCAGUUGGGAACAUCCCACGUUCACUGAGCGUGAUGUGUUCAGGAGAACAGACACGUCAGUGUUCGCCUGGCGACCACGUUAGCAUCUGUGGAGUGUUCCUGCCACUGAUGAGGCAAGGUUUCAAAGCCAUGGUUUCAGGGCUGCUGUCCGACACCUACCUCGAGGCGCACAGAAUCGUGAGAAUGAACAAAAUGGAAGAAGAUGAGUUGGGAGACGACGACAUCACAGAGGCAGAGAUCAAGCAGAUCGCUGAAGAGGACUUCUACAAUAAAUUAGCGUCCUCGAUCGCUCCGGAAAUCUACGGCCAUGAGGACAUUAAAAAAGCUCUGCUGCUGCUUCUAGUUGGGGGCGUUGAUCGUAAUCCAAACGGGAUGAAGAUCAGAGGCUGCAUCAACAUCUGCCUCAUGGGUGAUCCUGGAGUGGCCAAGUCUCAGUUGCUUUCGUACAUCAACAGACUGGCCUUGAGGAGUCAGUACACUACGGGCCGUGGCUCCAGCGGAGUGGGUCUUACAGCGGCCGUGAUGAAGGAUUCCCUGACGGGGGAGAUGACGCUCGAGGGCGGCGCUCUGGUGCUCAGCGAUCAGGGCAUCUGUUGCAUCGAUGAGUUUGACAAGAUGGCCGACUCGGACCGCACUGCCAUUCAUGAGGUCAUGGAACAGCAGACCAUCUCAAUUGCAAAGGCUGGAAUUAUGACUACUUUGAAUGCUCGAGUGAGCAUUUUAGCCGCAGCAAACCCAGCAUUUGGCAGAUACAAUCCCAAGAAAAGCGUUGAGCAGAAUAUUCAGCUGCCUGCUGCCCUCUUGUCUCGAUUUGACCUUCUGUGGCUGAUCCAAGACAGGCCUGACCGAGAGAAUGAUCUCAGGCUUGCACAACAUAUCACCUACGUGCACCAGUACUCAAAGCAACCACCAAUGCAAAUUAAUCCUCUCGACAUGAAAAUUAUGCGUCGCUACAUCGCGCUCUGCAAGAAGAAGGUACCGACCAUCCCAGAGAGCCUGACUGAGUAUCUGGUCUCGGCGUACGUUGAGAUGCGCAAAGAAGCGCGCAACAACCGCGACACGACUUUCACGUCAGCCCGUACGCUCCUGGCCGUGCUGCGCCUCGCCACGGCUCUGGCUAGGCUACGGCUUGUCGAUGUGGUUGAAAAAGAAGACGUCAACGAAGCAAUGAGGCUCAUGGAGAUGAGCAAAGACUCACUUAACCACAUGGAUGAACGCGCCGGGAGAGCGCAAACGGUGACCGACAAGAUUUUCACGCUCAUUCGCGAGAUGGCGGGCGACAGUAAGAUUGUCAAAAUGUCGGAUAUUCUUGAGCGAUGCACCAGCAAAGGCUACAAACCAGACCAGGUAACCGAGUGCCUGGAAGAGUAUGAAGAACUAAACGUCUGGCAGCAGAACCAAGCUCGCACCAAGCUCACUUUUGUGUAAUUGAUCCCAAGGAGUCGAAAGAAAUUGGCGAAAAAAUUUUUUUCACGAUAAAAAUUAUUGCUGAGGGCAAAGAAAUUGGGUAGUUUCGUAAAAAUUUGUUGAAUAUAAAAAAUGGGAAGUCAGCAUAGAAUACUUCAUCACUUUACUGAUCGUACAAUAGAGUACCUAAUAGAUAUUUACCGAAUGUGAUGGGUGAUUGUGCAGACAAUCAGCUAUGCAUCCGUCUUGAAGUAAUGGUACACGUCUUAGUAAACCUAAAAUUAAUAACUUAGAAGAUUA